AAUGUGCUUUUGUUGUUGUUUACAGCUGUCAUCUGUUGUUUUGACCGUUCCACUACUUCGCGUUUUUGGCAUGUUUGCUUAUUGCUUUGACCACAGUGCUCUGCUUACUGCAGCGCAAUCAUACAAAUACAAGAAACAGUGAAAGUCAAAACAAAAAGAUGAGUUUUUUGACGUGGCACACAAGUUUAUUAAUAUCGGUAUUUUUCUUAAUUUGUUUCUUAACAUACACUUCAACCAAUAAUGCUGAGACGCAGGAGAUACACAAACCAUGGUAUGAAAAUCUACCAGCGGUAGCUAUGGAUUAUAAAGUUCAUAUAGACGCAGGCAAGGAAGAUUGCUACUACCAAUAUGUGCAAGCUGGUGCCACAUUUUAUGUUUCCUUCAGUGUGGUGCGCGGUGGUGAUGGCAUGGCUGGAUUUGCUGUGCGUAAUCCACAGGGUCAGAUUGUAAAACCAUAUGAAUGGCAAGCUACUGCUGAUUAUACGGAUCAAGUAUCGUCAGGUGGUUACUAUUCCGUGUGUAUUGAUAAUCAGUUCUCGCGUUUUGCGGGCAAACUGGUAAAUAUUUACAUAACGGUAGUAAAGUACGACGCCUGGGAUAAAUAUGCAAAGGAAAUUGAGGAGUUGCAGCUAAAUAUGCAAAAUUUCACAGUUACCCUUGGGACUGUGGAGCGUAACAUUAACGAUAUGUUGUCCUAUCAAUCUUACAGCAGAAAUCGUGAAGCGCGUGAUUUCGCAUUACUAAACGACAACAAUAGUUAUAUUCAAACAUUCUCUAUAUGCCAAAUUAUUGUUAUCUUUGUCGCAUGCUCAGUGCAGGUCUUUUUCGUUCGAAAACUCUUUGAUGUUAAGCUGACAUCAAAAUCCCGCAUAUAAUUUAAUAAAUUUUUGUUUUGUAUUGGGUUUUUGGUACCUUUCAUUGUAAAUUCAUUUAUUACAACUUAAGCUUAUGGAAUUACGAACAACCAUGAAACAUUUCAACUAAAUUUUCCUUCUAUCCAA